AGACUCACCUCAUGACUCCAGGGUGAGGCUUCGUCCCAGGAAGAAACUCUCUUCUUCAGGAACUCCCUCAGCAGCAGCAGCAGCAGCAGCAAGACAUUUGCGCGACCUCUCUGUCUCAUAACUGACGUAUAGUACUAAGUCCACCAUGAACAAGUACUUCCCCGGAAUCGGCCGCAUCGAGUACCGGCCAGAUGCUGGUCCCGAAGACACCCUCGUCUACAGGCACUACAAUGCCGGGGAGAUCGUCCACGGGCGUACCAUGGAGGAGUGGCUCAAGUUCUCCGUCUGCUACUUCAAUGCCUUCAGGUAUUAUGGCUCUGACGAUUACUAUGGAGACCGAACUCACCAACACCAGUGGGAAGAUGGCUCACGCUCUCUUGACAACUACAAGAGGCGGAUGAUGGCCGCUUUUGAGUUCUUCCACAAACUGAACAUCAAGUACUAUUCUGUGAGCGACCGUGACAUGGCUCCCGAGGGCGACACCUUCGACGAGACCAACCGUUACUUGGACGAAAUGGUGACCCUGGCCUGCGACCUGCAGAAGCAAGUGGGCAUCCACCCACUCUAUUACAGCGCCGACCUCUUCUCCCACCCCCGCUACAUGAACGGCGCCGGCUCCAACCCCGACGCCCACGUCUUCGCCUACGCCUGCGCACAGAUCAAGCGCAGCAUGGAGGCCGCCAAACGCAUGGGAGCCGAGAACUUCGUCUUCUUCCACCCCCGCGACGGCUACCAGAGCGUCCUGCAGAGGCAGUUCUUCAGGGACAUGUCCCACAUGGCCCAGCUCUACCGCAUGGCCGCCCAGUACAAGGACAAGAUCGGCUUCAGGGGGCAGCUCCUGAUCCAGCCAAAGCCACACGACCCCCGCCGCCACCAGUACGAGUCCGACGUCAUGUCGACGAUGCACAUGCUCCGCCACUUCGGCCUAGAGAAGCAGUACAAGCUGUACGUCAAGCCCGGGUUCUCCAGGAUGAUUGGACGACCCUACGAGCAUGACGUCUACAUGGCCUCCGCCUUCAACAUGCUGGGUUGCAUCGACGCCUCCGACAAUUACCCAGAGUUCAACGGAACGUCAGACAUCUGCGCCAGAGACAUCCGCGACGCCACUUUCAUCAUGAAGUGCGUCCUCGAACAGAGUGGCCUUCAGCAGGGCGGUCUCACCCUCGGAGGCCGAGUCCGCAGGGAAUCAGUGGAGCCCCGCGACAUGUUCCACGGGUUCAUCAUGGCUAUCGACACCUUCUCUCGCGCCCUGAGGAACGCCGCUCGCAUGAUCUCCGACGGCUGCUUCGCCCGCAGCGUCCAACAGCGUUACAACUCCUACAAAUCCGGCCUGGGCGAGCGCAUCGAGAAGGGCGCCGCCUCCUUCGAGGAGUGCGAGGACUACGUCCGCAAGUGUGGAGAACCCCAGCCCCAGUCCAGCAGGUUCGAACACUACGAAAACAUGUUCAACUAUUACGUCUACCCCCCACGCCAGUAGAAUUCGGGAUCGAUUCGCUCCUCUGUUGCUGUCGAACCUCCUGAAGAGCGGAAAACAACAACAACGCUAUGCUGCUUUUUCUUCCGUCGUUUUUACUCAGAGUGCAAUGAUGCCGAUUCUUCAACCGUCGAGGAAACCUAGACUCAUAUGCCUAAGGAUUUGAUCUAGACUCAUAUCCCUAAGAAUUUGACCUAGACUCAUAUCCUUAAGGAUUUGACCUAGACUCAAAUCCCUAAGGAUCUGACCUAGACUCAUAUCCCUAAGGAUGUGAUCUUGAUUCAUACCCCGAAGGAUUUGACCUAGACUCAAGCCAAAGGAAUUGAAAGGCUCUAUGAGACUAUACAUUCGACUUGGGCCAUGUUUGACGUUGGUGCAACUUCUCCAUCCUUUGCCACGUUCCUGUUUUGAGUAUUUUCGCGACAUGACCUCACCCUCACCUCAUCCAGAGCUCCUGGCUGUUCAAGGCUGCUGCGUCCCAGCCAGGGGCCCUCGGGAGUCUAUUGUACAACGUGAACCAGAGCCAACUGGAGAUUCUCAGUAUACUCACUCAGAAGGAGAAUUGUGUAUACAUGUCAACCUCAUCAGUAUGAAUUGUAAGAUCGCGUAAGUCAGAAGUAUUCGAUGUGUUUAGAUUCCAAACAGCAACUACCAAAAAUAAAACUGUUCAUAAAGUCAUUUAACUAGACAUAAGGUCAACCACUUUAGUUUAUCACAAGCUGUCGAUAGUUUUGCAUCCAAGAAGGAAAUAAACAUUGACAACCACGACGUCCAAAUUAGCAUUUUUAGGUUUGUUUCAUUGGGCACAAUGCUUCUGGAGCAAAUAAUAAAAAAAAGUAUUAA